AUGGGAAUGGGUCAAUUACCCAUCGUCAAAGCUUCUCCACUCAACAAGGGUUCCACUUCACUUUUAGCGACUCCGGCAAAAAUUCCAAUUAUUGGUAACAGUGCUGGUGCUGGAGUAGUUGUUAGUGAGAGAAACACAUGUACCCAUCUCACUAAGGGUGUUGAUUUGAGUAAAAUCUCUUCAAAAAUUGGUUCAGUGGAAUCUGUUAGGUGCGAAGAUUGUAGGGAAGAUGCGGUUGAUCGGAGGUCAGGGUUUGUUUCUUCUUCAAGUCCGUCCACAUCGAAUUUGCCCAGCGAAAGCUCGAAUUACUUGCAAAGAAUUGAAUUUCAUGGGUUUGAACUGCCUGGUUCCAAUCUGGGUCCAAUGAAUUUUGGCUCAAUUCUGGGUGGGAACACUCAGCAACUUCCGGGAUUGGAGCUUGUGCUUUCUCAAGAUGGUCAUAUUGGGGUUUUGAAUCCUCAAGCCUUAAGCCAGUUUUACCAGCAAAUGGGGCAGAGCCGAGGGGUGGCUGGCCCCAUGCACCAGCAACAACAACAGCAACAGCAACCUCCUGCCAAGGAUGAUUCUCAAGGAUUAGGACAGUAA